AUGAUGGAGCCAGAAAUACACCAAUUCGGCGAGCAUGAUCUUCAGAAUGUCCUGGUGUGGAUGCCGCCACAACAACGUGCAGCUGAAUAUUUGUUCUGGAUUGUCUUGAUUCAUGGAGGAGCAUGGAGAGAUCCAAUGAUCACGGCUCGUACCUUUGCAGACCCGGUAGUCUCAAAGUUGCUGUCAAAUCCUGCAGCGGAUUUGAAAAUCCCAGGCAAUAAAACCGUCGCAAUUGCCUCGUUGUCUUACCGACUUUCACCUCACCCCUCGUAUCCACAAGACCCAGAUGCUAGUCCACGAAACGCCAUCCACCCUGAUCAUCUCGACGACGUCUGCACAGGCAUUGACGUGCUCCGGCGGGUCUACGGUCUUAGCAGCAACAACUAUGUCUUGGUGGGCCAUUCGUGCGGAGCCACUCUGGCUUUUCAAGCGUGGAAGCGACAUAUCGACACAGGGUUUCCCCUGGCACCUGGAGCACUGGUUGGACUGGCGGGUAUCUACGAUAUCAAAGCACUGCUGAGGAAUCACAGUACCGGCCCAUUUGCAGAUAUAUAUGAGUCCUUUAUUAGGGGGGCUUUCGGCGACGAUGAGAAGGUAUGGGUUGAGGCAUCUCCGUCCCGCUUUGCGCUCCACGGUAUGGACUUUCCGCGAACCAUUCUUCUCGCGGUGGCGGACAGGGAUGAACUUGUUGAGCCAGAACAGCGGACAAUCAUGAAAGGAACUCUGCUAGGGAAUGAAACACUCGAGUCGAUGAAGUCCGACAUUGGGAAUGGUAACGUGCGGUACUCGGAGGUGUCGGUUCCGGGUGGACACGACGAGAUGUGGGAGAAGGGUGAGAAUAUGGUGUUAGUCGUUGACAGAUUGCUGAAUGUUCUCUCCGAGGUGUAG